AUGUCUGCGGCUAGUCUAACUAUCGCCUCUCCAUUUAAUCUGUUCAUCCCUAGACUGUUGAGGUAAGUGAGGAUAUGUUGUUCCUCCUGCUUCUCAUUUGUGUUGCCAUCUGGUGUGUUAUUGUAUAGCUGCUUAUAAAAUUCCUCAAAUACCUUAGCUAUCUCACUUGGUUUGGAUUUGGUUGUUCCGUCUGGAUGUUUAAUAGCUGUGAUGUGGGGCCGGUUCUGCCUGGGUCGUAGCGUUCUGGCCAGUAGGGUGUCCAUCUUGUUAGCAUUUUUAAAGUAUGUCUGUCUCGUCCAGGUCAUGAACCUAGCUGUGUUGUCUAGUAAUAGUGUACGAAUAGAUUGUCUCACUGCGCUUAACUGUUCGUAGGUAUCUCCCCCAGGUACAGUUUGGUGUUUUUGCUCGAGCGAUCUCAACUGUCCCAGUAGGUUUUCCAGCUAGAGAUCGACCGAUAUUGAUUUUUUAGAGCCGAUACCGAUACCGAUAAUCUGCGAACUUUCAGGCCGAUAGCCGAUAUCUUGCCGAUAUUCUGUACAUUUACUAUUUUGAAUAAAUAAACUAAUUCGAAAGGUAAAUGCACAAAAUAUACAUGCCACAUGUAGUGGAUGAAGUGUGUUUAGACAGGGGAACUGUGUGUGUUUGUGUAGUGUGUGUGUGUGUGUGUAGUGGAUGCAUAGUGUGUGUAUAUAAUGCAGUGUGUGUAGUGUGUAUAUAAUGCAGUGUGUUUAUGUAGUGUGUGUGUAUAAUGCAGUGUGUUUUUGUGUGUGUAUGUAAUGCAGUGUGUGUGUGUUUGUGUAGUGUGUAUGUAUGUAAUGCAGUGUGUGUUUGUGUAGUGUGUGUUUGUGUAGUGUGUAUGUAAUGCAGUGUGUGUCUGUGUUUGUGUAGUGUGUAUGUAAUGCAGUGUGUGUAUGUAAUGCAGUGUGUGUGCAGUGUAGUGUGUGCAGUGUGUCUGUAAUGCAGUAGUAGUGUGUGUUUGUGUAGUGUGUGUUUGUGUAGUGUGUAUGUAAUGCAGUGUGUGUGCCUGUGUAGUGUGUGUGUAUGUAAUGCAGUAUGUGUACUGUGUUUGUGUAGUGUGUAUGUAAUGCAGUGUGUGUGCAGUGUAGUGUGUGCAGUGUGUGUCUAAUGCAGUAUGUGUGCAGUGUGUGUUUGUGGUGUGUGUGUAGUGUCUGUGUAGUGUCUGUGUGUGUAGUGUGUGUAUGUAAUGCAGUGUGUGUGUAUGUAAUGCAGUAUGUGUGCAGUGUCUGUUUGUGUAGUGUGUGUGUGUGUGUGUGUUUGUGUAGUGAUGUAAUUUGUGUAAUUUUUUAUUUUAAUAUUUUUUUUAAUAUUUAAUUUUUUUUUUUGUUUAGUCCCCCCCAGUGUGUGUUUGUGUAGUGUGUAUGUAAUGCAGUAUGUGUGCAGUGUGUGUGUGUGUGUAGUGAUGUAAUUUGUGUAAUUUUUUUUUAAUAUUUAAAAAUGUUUUUAUUUUUUAUUUAGUCCCCCCUCCCUGCUUCUUACCAGGGAGGGGGAUAUAGUAUUCCCUGGUGGUCCAGUGGCUUGUUAAGUACAGUGGUGGCUCAGCAGCAGCAAGCGCUGACUUACCACCUUGCAAGCAGCUCCUACAGCUCCCUAUGUAAAUCUCGCGGCUCUUAGUGCCGCGCGGAGCGUUGCCAUGGUAACCCGUGGCAACGCUCUGCGGCCGCGGGUCUCGCGAGAUUUACAUAGGGAGCUGUAGGAGCUGCUUGCAAGGUAAGUCAUCGCUUGCUGCUGGCCCCCACAGGACCGCCGGGCUUCUAAUGGGCACGGCGGUCCUGUAAUAUAUUAUCGGCAAUAUCGGUAUCUGAAUUGGCCGAUACCGAUAUUGCCGAAAAUACCAAAUAUCGGCCGAUAAUAUCGGCCAGACCGAUAAUCGGUCGAUCCCUAUUUCCAGCUGUUGAUGUUUCAGUUUUUUCUUUCUGGUGGCCAAUUUAAUCAGGAUCCCCCUCACUAUGGCCUUAUGUGCCGCCCACACCGUACCCAAUCUUACUUCCGGGGUGUUAUUAGUAUCAAAGUAUUCUGUAAUCUCCUUCAGAAUCUGCUACAGGGACGCGUUCAGUCUCCACAUCCACGGCGAUGCCAAGCAGAGGUUACCCAGGAUGAUACAUACGUCGGCAUGGUCGGACCAUGAUAUGUUGCCUACUAGCGACCCGACUACUCGAGACAUUCCCGUCCCAUUUGUCAGGAAUAAGUCUAUCCUCGAGUAUGUUCCGUGUGGGGCGGAAUAAAAUGAAUAGUCCUUCUCUGCCGGGUGUUGGGCUCGCCAUAUGUCUAUCAUCCCAGUGUCAGCUAUGAAUUCUUUGAGAAGCCGGUCUUGUCCACCCCGUCCCUGUGACCUCAGUAUGCCGUCUCGUGAUCUCCUGUCCACCGCUGGACAUGGCGCCGCGUUGAAGUCGCCCCCCAUAUACACCAUACCUGAGAGCUUCUCCCGUAACAUAUUCCAGAAACUGGGGUCAGGUCGAUUCGACGCGUAAAUAUUUAUCAGAUGAAUGGUGUGGGAGUACCAUGACGUAGCGGCCCUCUGGAUCAGCCUCAUGGGAUGUCAGCUGGAAGGGGCAACUGCUUCUGAUAAGGAUGGCUACACCGUUACAUUUUCAGUGAGCCCUAGCUUCAUAUGUUCCAUUAUACGCCUGGCCUCUCCAUUUGAACUUGGCUUGUUUAGGUACAUGGGUCUCCUGUAUGUACGUUAUAUCUGAUUUCAUCCUUUUUAAUUCUUUAAACAUGAGGCGGCGCUUCCUGGGAGCGUUGAGUCCCUUAACAUUCCGUCUCUCACCCCACCAUAGUCUCGGGGAUACCCCCAGCCCAACCCCCACAACUCCCCAGAAUAAGAUAAAAGAAAAGGAGAAAAGAAAAGGAAAGAAGAAAGGAAGGAAAAGAUCCUUAGUGAAGAAUUGUGGCAUCUGGACUCUGACCGAUACAAAGAGAUUCUGGGCUUACCAACCGCCAGAAUAUUGUGGGGAGCAUGAACCCACAUCCCAGCCACGAUCAACGUUGGAAGGAACAGUGGGUCUUGGGCUCUGUCCCCUACGCGCCCUUCCUUUGCUGUAUGGACCUCUGGGUGUACAUUAGUACAUAAGGAGUUUUCCGGUCUGGCAUCACUCCUUUAGUUCCCCCGACAAUGUUAAGUCCUCCUGAGUAACUUAUGUUGCGUAAUUCUAUUUCCGGUGUUUCUGCGCUUUGCCCUGGGUACCUAUAUGUUGCCUAACAGUCGUGCCAGCCCCCUCCCACUUGUUAACUAUUGGGCUUCUCCAUGACCCCCCUCCCCUCGAAUCCAUCCCCCGCCCCUAGUCAUCCAAGAAAUUAAUUAAAAUGACAUAUAGACAUAAACUACUGACCAUACAGCAAGCCUACGAAAAUAGGGCUGAAAGGGUUGUAACCAAGGCAAUAAAGAUAAAGAUAAAUAUAAAUAAGAAAUUAUGGACACGGAGCUAUUUGGAGUUCUUUUUUGAAAAUAUUCCUAUUGUCCUGAGUUUUGCUAUAUGCUACCCAGAAUUAGCAAGACAUUCACUGACCCUCCAGAUUAUAGUGGGAUAUUGUGGGGAGGAUAGCCAAAGUUCUACCCCCAUUAGUAAUAGUUCUAGAUUGCCUGUUGCAAACCUUUUUAUGAUACAUCUAAUUAUAUGAGACUCUUUAGGGGUUUUGACUAAAAAUAAGAGGAGUAGAUGAUCUGCAAAACUAUAUACAUUGAUCUCACAAGUUUGGGACUAAAGCUGAAGGACAGUCUGUAUAGCCCCUACCUCCGCUUCUAUUUUCUGGAAGGGUCCCGCCCAUCGUCCCCUUGUGUAUCCUUGGCUGUUCCAUUGUCUCCAGUGAGGUUAAUGUUAGGAUUAAGUGGGUAGUAUAGUAUCAUGCACCCCAGGUGUUGUCCCUAGCUGUCCUGCAACGUGUAUCGCUGUCAGCUUAUCGUACCUCAUGCUAUUAGAUACAUGCUUAGUAUAAGUAUGGUACAUCCAAUUGUGGUAGCGGCAAGGGGGGGGAGACCCAUAGUCCCAAUCCCGAGACAUGGACCUACCUUUCCUGGUGACAGGUUCCCUCCCCUUGGCACGAUCACAAUCCUUUCCUAAUAGUUUCAGGGUUUAGUAGGUAGCUUCUCUAUCUCGCUGUCAAUUCCAUCGAUGCCAGACCGUUUCUAGACCUUUUAGGGCCAGACCUUAUAGGGCUUAUACAAUUCCCGGUUUGGGUACACCUCGUAGUAAGGGGCUAUACUGACAAAAACAAUUCACAGAUACACCAAUUUCUAGGGGUGACCAUAGUGGACAUUAUACCAUUGGUAUAAUCGAAGCGGUUCAGGUCCUCUCCUUGUAAAUUUCUACAUUAGUAUAUAAGCGUUUUUACCAAGUUAUAUAUAUCUUCUUCUCCGGAGAUUUUAAUAGAUGUUUUCAAUUACAUACACACAGUCAUCCUGGUAGCACUUUAUCGAACAAAUGAAUGAAUGUGGGGGAAGCCCCCCUUCACACACCCCAAGUUAACUUCGGACCUGUAUCGGUAUGAUUGGGCCGGAGAAGGAGAAAAACAUUUAAACAAUAGACACUGUGCACCCCUAUCGGUACACUCCUGGCAGAAAUGAACAGACUAAACCGGGUGAGUAGUAGCACGCUAAAGAAACCAUCUGAGCCAUACAUCGUUGUGUAUUAAAUCAUAGUAUCUGGGGUAGUAAUGCCAAAUAUUGUGCCCCGUGAGGGAAGGGAGAAAAAAAGGGGUGGAGGGGUAGGGGGGGAGGGCAGGAGGGAAUGGGAAGGGGGGAAGAGGAGGGGUCAGGCUUUCAUGACACUCGCUCCCCGGGGGUAGUAUGAUGCAUUAUUGUGGCAUAUCCAUAAUGACUCAGUAGGGAAUCUAAGUGUAAUAGCUGUUAGUGUACCAGUGGGUUCGUGGCCAGAUCGACCAUGUCUGCUGUGUCCAACUCCAGUGGGGAGUCCCUUAUAGCCCGUUGGGAGGUCAUUAUGGCCCUACUGUGCUGUUGGACCCGUUCAGGGGGACAGGGGGGGUGCAAGCACACAUUGAAGUAAAAAAGCAAAAACAAGUAGCAAAAAACAGGUAACAAAAAACAGUCCUAUCUCCUCCAAGUUUGAUAAGUUGAGGGAGUCCCGAUAUAAUGCAGGAAAGAUACUUUUUGCCUAUGUACAGUGGACUCUGCCAUUUGAUCACUGGCUAUGUGCCUUCCAUGUCGCCCCUUCCCCCUCCCCCUCCCAAACAGCAUGACCAGAUCCUCUGUGGUCGGUGAGGGGUCACCCCUUACCCGGCCGCAACCCGGUAAGGCCUCUUCUCAUUGUGGAUAAGAGUUCAAUCCCCCAGUGCCAUUUCUGUGGAGCCAAACUCAAAACCAACACCUUAGGUUUAACUUUAGAAUAUGGGGGAAGUCGGUCUCACAUUGUGUGCGUGUAAGGUCCCCUGCCCAUGUCCCCCUCCACCCAAAUAACAUGAAGGGUUCCUGAUCCCCCCCCCCCCCUGCCCCGACAGGAUUCGGGGCUCUUUGUGGUGUGAGAAAGACUUACAAUACCCGCAAAUGUGUCAGCAAUGGAACAGCCGAAGGAGAUCUCCUCCUGGAGUCAGGGUAUGUACUCGAUCUCCAUGAAACACAAGUAAAAGGGGUAUCCCCAGGCAUACUUGAUGCCUGCUCCUCGCAAGGCUCCUGUGAUGGGCCGCCACUCCCUUCUCCGUUGUAGCGUGGAAGGAGUCAGAUCUUGGUAGAGGGAUAGUAACACGCCUGCAUAUUGGAUGGGCCCCUCCCGGCCCUUUUUCAUGAGCACUUUAUUAGUUUUGAAGUGGAGGAAGUGAAUUAUAACAUCUCUUGGGACAUUGGAGUCAGAUAUCUGCAUUCUCAGGGCCCUGUGUGCCCUUUCUAUGUGCCAUUGCUCCUCCGGUAGAUUCGGAAGGAGAGGCUUGAAGAUGGUAAGCAGGAGCCCCUGCAGAUCCUCAUCAUUUCUUCGGGUAAGCCCCUUAAGUGGAGGUUGUUCCUCCGAGAGCCGUUUGCCAUGUCUUCCAGGGCUAGUUCUGUGUCCACCAGGUGCAUUGUGAUGUGAUUUACUCUAUCGACUACAUCGUUAUGGGCCCGUGAUGUUGCUUCCAUACGUUCCUCCAAUUUCGCCGUGCGCUCCCUCAAAGCACCGAUAUCGGCUUGCAGGACUGAUGUUGAUUUUGCGAUCUCUCCAGCCAGAAAGGCUCUGACUUCUGACAGUUUUGCCAGCACUGUAUGCUGAUCAGCGUGGGAGGCCUCUGCAGCGGCACGAGGAGAGCCCUCUGGGGAUGCUCCGUCGCCAUCUUGGAUCCCCGAUCUGCUUGGCCUUUGAGCCGUGAGGAGGUCAAGGACGGUUCCCCCGGACUCUGUGGCCCUCUUCAUUUGUUUCUUGGGGAGUCUCUUCUCUAUAUUGUGGGUCCCAGCAGGGGGCAAAGUUAAAGGUAAGGUCGCUUAUGAUAGCUUUUCAGCGCAAGUUGAGCGGAGCUCUAGUGAGACGCGUCCAGUCCCAUCGACGGUCAGGCCACGCCCCCUUGUCCCUGCUUUUAAAUUACUAUUUUGACUAAUGAAAACCCAGCUUGGGUUGGUAACCGUGCCAAUUGCAAGUGUCCCUGCAGCUCAAUCCUCAUCCUUCACUGCAGGACGAUGGACGUCUCAGGGGGUGAGCUUUGAAAUUGCUGUUUAGUAAAUGAGUGAGUGCAGUGGAUCUUGUAUGUUGUAUUAAUUGGCCCCAGCAGUACCCUUAUAAUGUAUGCAUGUUCAGGUAAGUGAAGCCUCUUGGUUUUAUAUAUUUUCAUUAUACAGAAUACCGGCAGAUGGAGCAGUGAACUUUCCGGAGGUGCAGACCAAAUGGACCACCAAUGUUUGAAUCUACCCCCUCCCUGGCCCAAGGUAAACAAGGAGGAAGGGAAAUUAUUUUGUUUUGGGUAUUCUUGCAUGUCAAGGUUAGCUGCACAUUUUUGGGGGGGAGAGUACCAUUUUUUUAAAUGCCAUUCUUAUAGCCCCUAUCCCCCCACAAUACUACACCUAUUUCACACACUACAGCCCAAUUUCCCCAACACCCCCCAUACUCUAAAGCCCUUAUCCUCCCUAUACACACACUUUAACCCCUUAAGGACCAAACUUCUGGAAUAAAAGGGAAUCAUGACAUGUCGUGUCCUUAAGGGGUUAAAGCUCCUAUCCCCCAACACUUCAGCUGCUAUCCAUCCUAAACACACUGCAGCUGCUGCUCAGAUCACAACCACUACCUCACCAUGCAUUACAGCCCCUAUCCAAGCACUAAAGUUAAAUCCAUACACAUACAGAACACCAUAAACAAUCCUCUCCACAAGCAGCCUUACACGUAACUUCUCCCACACAAAACCCCACUACAGAGUCCCUACAAACAUGCAACACCUUCUUGUAUGCCUGCCCCACUUCACAUCAUAAGCAGCAUCAAAACAACUUAGAUCUCUACAAACAUCCAACCACAACCAGUCUCCACACACAAUACUCAGGCAGCCUACACCCACAUACACAACACGUUUACAUCCACAUCGGCACCACACAUACACCACCACAGGCGGCCUCCAUACACACAUACAAAGUCCUCUCCCAUCCCUGUCUCUUAUUUGUCCUCUGGUGUCCACAGAAAUACAUUGCCAUGCGUGCACACUGACGCUCCACAGAAAUAUACUUCCCACAUCUGUACACUCAUACUCCACAGAAAUACAUCUCCAUAUUCACACACUGACAAUUAACCAACAUACAUCGCCUGCAUGAGAGCGCAAUCAGUGGGUUAUAGCUAGUAUUCCAUUAAGGGGCCUGGUUGAGCACAUAUCAAACAAACCAUAAACCCCUUAAAGGAAUGAACUGACUGCUCCGUCCUCACUCUUGUGUGGAUGCAAUGUUUGGAGCUGGUUGUGUAUUUAGCAAUGUCUGUCCAGAGCAGUGUCUGUAGAGUGAAUGUGUCUAGCAGAGCGUGUAUGUUGUGCAGAAUAGUUUGGUGUGUGUGACUGCGCUGACUGUCCCCUAUUCACUCUUGUGUUGAAUGUAGCUCGUUGUGUGUUUAGCUAUGUGUAGCAGUGUGAUUGUGUGUUUAAUAUUGGUGUAUGUCCCCUGUCCCUCUGUAAAAAUACAUUAAAUGAGGGAAAGACAUUCAGAAGGGGGAUAAAAGAUAAGACACAUAGGGCUUAAAGGAUCACUAUAGGGUCAGGAACACAAACAUGUAUUCCAGACCCUAUAGUGCAACCCCCCCUUUACUACAUUAAACCCUUAAGGACACAUGACAUGUGUGACAUGUCAUGAUUCCCUUUUAUUCCAGACGUUUGGUCCUUAAGGGGUUAAGCUUUGGUUGUUCUGGUGACUAUAGUGUCCCUUUAAGAUGGGAUAAAGACUCAAAAGCAUGAUAAACAGAAUACAAUAUGCAAAGAGAAACAAUAUACAAAAUGAAAAGAGAAACAAAAAGGCGGAAAGAUGCACAAAAGGGGCAAUAGAAUUGGUAAGAUAGGCAAAAGGGGGGGGUUAAUAGUCACACAGAAGCAGUUGAAGUUUGGGGGCGGCAAAAUACGUCUUCAGACAAAAAUCCUUGCACCGGCCCAUUUUACUAAACACUGAAUUUUGUCUUGUUGACUGGGUGCUGCUUGGAUUUACCACUUUCGUAUUUGCCAAAUCUAGCUGAAAUUUGGUCACUGUGACCAAAUAAGCACUAUUCCUUCGGUUUCAUUCGGUCUCUGGUUUAAAAUCAGUACCAUUUGCCCUUAUAAGUGCUUUCCCACUUUUUGAAAAGUGAUUCAAAGCACUCUGGCAGACAAGUCUCAUUUCUCACAAAACUGCCUGGGAAUAUUCCUACAAGAAGAGAAAAAUAUUCAUAAGGCAAGUAUAAUUUUAUUUUAUAUAUAUAUAUUGGGCGCCCCUGUAACGGAUCUCUUAUAAUCACUGCUUGACCUGGUAGAAUUACAACGGAUAUACUCAAGCGGAGUGCGGUUGAUCACUUCCGGGAGGUCCAUACUAAUAAACUGUCGAACGGUUCCCCUUGUAUUCAGCUGUUUUGACCUAAAUUUUGUAAUUCGCUAUUAAGCGAAUAAGCCUUUAAAACAAACAUAAAACGAUAUACAUAUAUAUUAUCUCUCUAUCUCGGUCUCCCUGUAUGGUCUGGGCAGUUAUUAUUUUGCUGAAAGUUAGCAGACUAAUGCAGACACACUGUACUUCCCGUGACUAUACCAGCAUAACCCAUGUUGCCCCCUCUAACGCCCGCCAGACGGGAACUGGGCAGACACUGACAGACAACAGCCAAGCCUCCUGCUCUGUCAUUGGCUGGAACCUUGCCGGUGACUUUUCCGAACGCUGCGAAUUGGAUGAGAUUCUAAAAGAACUGACUGUGACUGGAGUCUGUGGGCGGUGCAGGCGCCAAAAUUAAACCGAUUAUUAAAUGUGACAACGCGGGAGACACAGGACAGUUAGCAAGGGAUCCAAGCUGUAGAAUAGCGCAGUAUUAUCGCAGAUUAAAAUUUAGCAUAACUCAGCAAUACCAUAUUUUAGCACCGCAUAUUAUAACCUAGUAUAGUAUGGCCACCACGCCGAAAAGAAUGUGCAUUGAGCUCACCCCAUCACCGACCUCCACUUCCUCAUCAUCCCCAGGCAGGAGAAAGGUCAAGAGGAUCUCUAUAGAGGGCAACAUUGGUAAGCUUGACUGGGAUGCAGGGGUCAUGGCUGGGAUGCAUGACAUUUUAGUGCAGGGGUCAUGGCUGGGAUGUAUGGUGCAUGGCUAGGAUGGGGUCAUGACUGGGAUGCAUGACCUCUUAGUGCAGGUGUCUUGCUCUGAAGGAUUUGGAUGCUUGGAUUUACCGUGUCAGCUUUACAUGCAGUAUGUAUGUUUAGUAUUCAUAUUGUCAUUUAAUCACUGGGGACACAAAAUACAGUCUUUUACAAUUAAAGCUGACACAUAGUUUUCCACACUGCUUGCAAAUUUGUUUUUAGAAUUAAUCAAUACAGUCCUAUUUAGAUAAUUUUAUUGUAAGAUUCCCGCCAGACGUGCUCCUUUAUUGAAUGUCCAUUAGUUAUUGUCCAAUCACACCCCAUGCUCCCACCACCCCCGGGUUAGCCCCCCCAUAUUGAGAAUUUUAACAAAAGAUUAUUCCAUUUGUUAGAUCUUUGUUAGAUCAGGUUUGAUCAACAAUUUUUUUCGUUAGAUCUACUCUAAAAUAUGCGAUAUUAACAAUCAUUGUCAGGGGGGGCUAACCCGUAGCCAGCCCCCCCUCAACAAAAAUUUGGAGAAAAUGUUGUUGAUUAUGAUAGCUCUACGUUAGAUCAGGUUUGAUCAGGCAAAAUUUUUGUUUGAUCUAGUCUAAUUACUGAGAUAUUGCAUAUAUAAUUAGGGGGGGCUGGCCCCCCCUCAACUGAAAUUUGGACAAAAUGUUACUGAUUUUGGUAGCUAUUCGUUAGAUCAGGUUUGAUCAACUGUUUUUUUCGUUAGAUCUAUCACGCAAGAGGCGGUAUUCCCUACUUAACUUUGUGGGCGUGACUACGGGUUAGCCCCCCCUCAAGUGAAAUUUGAAUUUUUUUUUUUAUUGAUUUUGGUAGCUAUUCGUUAGAUCAGGUUUGAUCAACUAUUUUUUUCGUUAGAUCUAUCACGCAAGAGGCGGUAUUCACUACCUAACUUUGUGGGCGUGACUACGGGUUAGCCCCCCCUCAAGUGAAAUUUGAAUUUUUUUUUAUUGAUUUUGGUAGAUAUUCGUUAGAUCAGGUUUGAUCAACUGUUUUUUUUCAUUAGAUCUAUCACGCAAGAGGCGGUAUUCACUACUUAACUUUGUGGGCGUGACUACGGUUAGCCCCCCCUCAAGUGAAAUUUGAAUUUUUUUUUAUUGAUUUUGGUAGCUAUUCGUUAGAUCAGGUUUGAUCAACUGUUUUUUUCGUUAGAUCUAUCUCGCAAGAGGCGGUAUUCACUACUUAACUUUGUGGGCGUGACUACGGGUUAGCCCCCCCCUCAAGUGAAAUUUGAAUUUUUUUUUAUUGAUUUUGGUAGCUAUUCGUUAGAUCAGGUUUGAUCAACUAUUUUUUUCGUUAGAUCUAUCACGCAAGAGGCGGUAUUCACUACUUAACUUUGUGGGCGUGACUACGGGUUAGCCCCCCCUCAAGUGAAAUUUGAAUUUUUUUUUAUUGAUUUUGGUAGCUAUUCGUUAGAUCAGGUUUGAUCAACUGUUUUUUUCAUUAGAUCUAUCACGCAAGAGGCGGUAUUCCCUACUUAACUUUGUGGGCGUGACUACGGGUUAGCCCCCCCUCAAGUGAAAUUUGAAUUUUUUUUAUUGAUUUUGGUAGCUAUUCGUUAGAUCAGGUUUGAUCAACUAUUUUUUUCGUUAGAUCUAUCACGCAAGAGGCGGUAUUCACUACUUAACUUUGUGGGCGUGACUACGGGUUAGCCCCCCCUCAAGUGAAAUUUGAAUUUUUUUUUAUUGAUUUUGGUAGCUAUUCGUUAGAUCAGGUUUGAUCAACUGUUUUUUUCGUUAGAUCUAUCACGCAAGAGGCGGUAUUCACUACUUAACUUUGUGGGCGUGACUACGGGUUAGCCCCCCCUCAAGUAAAAUUUGAAUUUUUUUUAAUUGAUUUUGGUAGAUAUUCAUUAGGUCAGGUUUGAUCAACUGUUUUUUUUGUUAGAUCUAUCACGCAAGAGGCGGUAUUCACUACUUAACUUUGUGGGCGUGACUACGGGUUAGCCCCCCCUCAAGUGAAAUUUGAAUUUUUUUUUAUUGAUUUUGGUAGAUAUUCAUUAGAUCAGGUUUGAUCAACUGUUUUUUUCGUUAGAUCUAUCACGCAAGAGGCGGUAUUCACUACCUAACUUUGUGGGCGUGACUACGGGUUAGCCCCCUCUCAAGUGAAAUUUGAAUAUUUUUUCAUUGAUUUUGGUAGAUAUUCGUUAGAUCAGGUUUGAUCAACUGUUUUUUUCGUUAGAUCUAUCACGCAAGAGGCGGUAUUCACUACCUAACUUUGUGGGCGUGACUACGGGUUAGCCCCCCCUCAAGUGAAAUUUGAAUUUUUUUUUAUUGAUUUUGGUAGAUAUUCGUUAGAUCAGGUUUGAUCAACUGUUUUUUUCGUUAGAUCUAUCACGCAAGAGGCGGUAUUCACUACUUAACUUUGUGGGCGUGACUACGGGUUAGCCCCCCCUCAAGUGAAAUUUGAAUUUUUUUUCAUUGAUUUUGGUAGCUAUUUGUUAGAUUAAGUAAGAUCAACUGUUUUUUUCCGUAAGAUCUAUCACGCAAAAGGAGGUAUUUACAAUCUUAUUUUAAUUUUGCAGAUAAAUACCAGUAAAUUUUCAUAUCAAGCCACAGGUGACAUCAUAAUUUAGGAAUUUGCUUGGAUUUGCUAACACAAUGUGUAGAUCAUUUUCAAUAUUUUUUUUUUUAUUCUCUACAUGCACAGUAUUGAGGUGAUAAAGUCCAGCAUAUGCCCAGUCUGAACGUAUUAGUGAUAUUUGAAUACAGUUGCAAGAAAAAGUAUGUGAGCCCUUUGGAAUGAUAUGGAUUUCUGCACAAAUUGGUCAUAAAAUGUGAUCUGAUCAUCAUCUAAGUCACAACAAUAGACAAUCAGUCUGCUUAAACUAAUAACACACAAAGAAUGAAAUGUUGCCAUGUUUUUAUUGAACACACCAUGUAAACAUUCACAGUGCAGGUGGAAAAAGUAUGUGAACCCCUAGACUAAUGACAUCUCCAAGAGCUAAUUGGAGUGAGAUGUCAGCCAACUGGAGUCCAAUCAAUGAGAUGAGAUUGGAGGUGUUGGUUACAGCUGCCCAGGUCAGGAGUAAUUCUUGACCAUUCCUCUUUACAGAACUGUUUCAGUUCAGCAAUAUUCUUGGGAUGUCUGGUGUGAAUCGCUUUCUUGAGGUCAUGCCACAGCAUCUCAAUCGGGUUGAGGUCAGGACUCUGACUGGGCCACUUCAGAAGGUGUAUUUUCUUCUGUUUAAGCCAUUCUGUUGUUGAUUUACUUCUAUGCUUUGGGUCAUUGUCCUGUUGCAACACCCAUCUUCUGUUGAGCUUCAGCUGGUAGACAGAUGGCCUUAAGUUCUCCUGCAAAAUGUCUUGGGAAUUUGGGAAUUCAUUUUUCCUUCGAUGAUAGCAAUCCGUCCAGGCCCUGACGCAGCAAAGUAGCCAAAAACCAUGAUGCCCCCACCACCAUACUUCACAGUUGGGAUGAGGUUUUGAUGUUGGUGUGCUGUGCCUCUUUUUCGCCACAUAUAGUGUUGUGUGUUUCUUCCAAACAACUCAACUUUGGUUUCAUCUGUCCACAAAAUAUUUUGCCAGUACUGCUGUGGAACAUCCAGGUGCUCUUGUGCAAACUGUAAACGUGCAGCAAUGUUUUGUUUGGACUGCAGUGGCUUCCUCUGUGGUAUCCUCCAAUGAAAUCCAUUCUUGUUUAGUGUUUUAUGUAUUGUAGAUUCGCUAACAGGGAUGUUAGCAUUUGCCAGUGACUUUUGUAAGUCUUUAGCUGACACUCUAGGAUUCUUCUUCACCUCAUUGAGCAGUCUGCGCUGUGCUCUUGCAGUCAUCUUUACAGGACGGCCACUCCUAGGGAGAGUAGCAGCAGUGCUGAACUUUCUCCAUUUAUAGACAAUUUGUCUUACUGCGGACUGAUGAACAGCAAGGCUUUUGGAGAUACUUUUAUAACCCUUUCCAGCUUAAUGCAAGUCAACAGUUCUUAAUCGUAGUUCUUCUGAGAGCUCUUUUGUGCGAAGCAUCAUUCACAUCAGGCUAUGCUUCUUGUGAAAAGCAAACCCAGAACUGGUGUGUGUUUUUUAUAGGUCAGGGCAGCUGUAACCAACACCUCCAAUCUCAUCUCAUUGAUUGGCUGACAUCUCACUCCAAUUAGCUCUUGGAGAUGUCAUUAGUCUAGGGGUUCACAUACUUUUUCCACCUGCACUGUGGAUGUUUACAUGGUGUGUUCAAUAAAAACAUGGCAACAUUUCAUUAUUUGUGUGUUAUUAGUUUAAGCAGACUGAUUGUCUAUUGUUGUGACUUAGAUGAUGAUCAGAUCACAUUUUAUGACCAAUUUGUGCAGAAAUCCAUAUCAUUCCAAAGGGCUCACAUACUUUUUCUUGCAACUGUAUUCAAAUAUCACUAAUAAGUUCAGGCUGGGCAUAUGCUGGACUUUAUCACCUCAAUACUGUGCAUGUAGAGAAUAAAAAAAAAUAUUGAAAAUGAUCUACACAUUGUGUUAGCAAAUCCAAGCAAAUUCCUAAAUUAUGAUGUCACCUGUGGCUUGAUAUGAAAAUUUACUGGUAUUUAUGUGCAAAAUUAAAAUAAGAUUGUGAAUACCGCCUUUUGCGUGAUAGAUCUUACGGAAAAAAACAGUUGAUCUUACUUAAUCUAACAAAUAGCUACCAAAAUCAAUGAAAAAAAAUUCAAAUUUCACUUGAGGGGGGGCUAACCCGUAGUCACGCCCACAAAGUUAAGUAGUGAAUACCGCCUCUUGCGUGAUAGAUCUAAUCGAAAAAAACAGUUGAUCAAACCUGAUCUAACGAAUAGCUACCAAAAUCAAUAAAAAAAAAAAAAAAUUUCACUGGAGGGGGGGCUAACCCGUAGUCACGCCCACAAAGUUAAGUAGUGAAUACCGCCUCUUGCGUGAUAGAUCUAACGAAAAAAACAGUUGAUCAAACCUGACCUAACGAAUAUCUACCAAAAUCAAUAAAAAAAUAUUCAAAUUUCACUUGAGGGGGGGCUAACCCGUAGUCACGCCCACAAAGUUAGGUAGUGAAUACCGCCUCUUGCGUGAUAGAUCUAACGAAAAAAAUAGUUGAUCAAACCUGAUCUAACGAAUAGCUACCAAAAUCAAUAAAAAAAAUUAUUCAAAUUUCACUUGAGGGGGGGCUAACCCGUAGUCACGCCCACAAAGUUAAGUAGUGAAUACCGCCUCUUGCGUGAUAGAUCUAACGAAAAAAACAGUUGAUCAAACCUGAUCUAACGAAUAUCUACCAAAAUCAAUGAAAAAAUAUUCAAAUUUCACUUGAGAGGGGGCUAACCCGUAGUCACGCCCACAAAGUUAGGUAGUGAAUACCGCCUCUUGCGUGAUAGAUCUAACGAAAAAAACAGUUGAUCAAACCUGACCUAAUGAAUAUCUACCAAAAUCAAUAAAAAAAAAUUCAAAUUUCACUUGAGGGGGGGCUAACCCGUAGUCACGCCCACAAAGUUAGGUAGUGAAUACCGCCUCUUGCGUGAUAGAUCUAACGAAAAAAACAGUUGAUCAAACCUGAUCUAACGAAUAUCUACCAAAAUCAAUAAAAAAAAAUUCAAAUUUCACUUGAGGGGGGGCUAACCCGUAGUCACGCCCACAAAGUUAGGUAGUGAAUACCGCCUCUUGCGUGAUAGAUCUAACGAAAAAAAUAGUUGAUCAAACCUGAUCUAACGAAUAGCUACCAAAAUCAAUAAAAAAAAAUUCAAAUUUCACUUGAGGGGGGGCUAACCCGUAGUCACGCCCACAAAGUUAAGUAGGGAAUACCGCCUCUUGCGUGAUAGAUCUAACGAAAAAAACAGUUGAUCAAACCUGAUCUAACGAAUAUCUACCAAAAUCAAUGAAAAAAUAUUCAAAUUUCACUUGAGGGGGGCUAACCCGUAGUCAUGCCCACAAAGUUAGGUAGUGAAUACCGCCUCUUGCGUGAUAGAUCUAACGAAAAAAACAGUUGAUCAAACCUGACCUAACGAAUAUCUACCAAAAUCAAUAAAAAAAAAUUCAAAUUUCACUUGAGGGGGGGCUAACCCGUAGUCACGCCCACAAAGUUAAGUAGUGAAUACCGCCUCUUGCGUGAUAGAUCUAACGAAAAAUAACAGUUGAUCAAACCUGAUCUAACGAAUAUCUACCAAAAUCAAUAAAAAAAAAAUUAAAGUUUCACUUGAGGGGGGGCUAACCCGUAGUCACGCCCACAAGGUUAAGUAGUGAAUACUGCCUCUUGCGUGAUAGAUCUAACGAAAAAAACAGUUGAUCAAACCUGAUCUAACGAAUAGCUACCAAAAUCAAUAAAAAAAAAUUCAAAUUUCACUUGAGGGGGGGCUAACCCGUAGUCACGCCCACAAAGUUAGGUAGUGAAUACCGCCUCUUGCGUGAUAGAUCUAACGAAAAAAAUAGUUGAUCAAACCUGAUCUAACGAAUAGCUACCAAAAUCAGUAACAUUUUGUCCAAAUUUCAGUUGAGGGGGGGCCAGCCCCCCCUAAUUAUAUAUGCAAUAUCUCAGUAAUUAGACUAGAUCAAACAAAAAUUUUGCCUGAUCAAACCUGAUCUAACGUAGAGCUAUCAUAAUCAACAACAUUUUCUCCAAAUUUUUGUUGAGGGGGGGCUGGCUACAGGUUAGCCCCCCCUGACAAUGAUUGUUAAUAUCGCAUAUUUUAGAGUAGAUCUAACGAAAAAAAUUGUUGAUCAAACCUGAUCUAACAAAGAUCUAACAAAUGGAAUAAUCUUUUGUUAAAAUUCUCAAUAUGGGGGGGCUAACCCGGGGGUGGUCAUGCUCCCGCUUCUAUUCUUUGUUGCAGCUGUUCCCAGCUAGCGUGAUAAAAAAAGAACAGCAUGAUAGCACUACUGUGUCACCAGGGAUAUAUAUUUCCUGUAAAGAGCAGACAUUUCAUUUUUAUUGCUUUGUAAACGAUCUCUUAUAAUUUACCUCCAUUAAACUGGAUAGAAAGAUUUAAACUUUUUAUUUUUUUUUUUUUAAAUACCCCUGCACACAUAUCAUUAGUCUAAAAUACAAAAUAACUAUUCAUAUAUUUAUUAAAGACCAAUACUAUCUUGAAUAUUUUCUGGCUACAGGUUAUUGAUAAUGAAUAGGACAAAAGGGGCGUUGCACAUAGAAAUAUAUUUUAUUUUUUGGAGUCUAGUUCUUACUGUAGGACAGACUGCUAGAGUAUUGACUGAAUUACAAAUGAUGGUCUUUAUACAUAACCACAACAAAAUUUUUAAAAAAAAUCCUACACUGACUUUUAAAUAUUCUUUUUUUUUUUUUUUUUUUUCUACACCGACUCUGCAUAAUAUAAAACACCGCAACAUAAAAUACACUGUGUUUUGUCUUAUUUAUUUUUUUAUGUUAACCACAAUCUGCACAGAAAUAUUAUUUUGUCAUGUGACAUUUUCUUUUCGUAGUUAGUUUUUUUAUGUGACAAAUUAAAAUGUAAUCUGUAGCUAUGUGGUACACCCGAGGACGCCCAUUGUUUGACUUUUGCCCAAGCAGAGGGUUUAGUACAGUGAUGUAUAACCAUGACACUAUAAAUUGUUUCUGGACUACAUUUCCCAUGAUGCUCAGCUAGCUAUAGUAUCUCUAGUGCUGCUUUUUAUAUGUAAAUAUACCUGCAUAGUUUUUUUUUUUGUUUUUUUUUUUUUAAAUGCUGUUCUUUGUACAAAAUGAGCAAGAAUGCUGUUGAUAAAGCAUAUACAAAAAUGAAAGGGUAUGGGGACACCUAAUCUCCACCCCUGUGACUCAUUAGGUCCUAUUGCUAGAAGAAAUGGCUAGAGCUGAUGUUCCAGUGAGUAAAAUGGUUCAGAGGCACACCUAUAUAAUUUGUUUUUGUUUUUUUAAUAACCUUAAUUGGCAGAUUAUAAAGGUUACAUUUGCUUGGAGACUUGCUAGAGAGAGAUGCAUUCUUCUACCCAAAUUUGCUUAUUAGUUUAAUUAAUUGCCACAUGGAAAUCCUGAUUUUUAAAAAUAAAUAAAACAAACACGUUGUAAGUACUAUACAUAUACUAAUUAGAAAGUUAGUGGUGUUAUGGCACAAUAUGAGGUGACACUAGUGUGUCAUGCUAUGUUGACUGAAUAUUACAAUGAAUUUACUUGUUUUUUUUUUUUUAUUUAAAUACAACCCCACAAUGCCCCAACAGCUAUAGCAGGCAGUUCAAAAUACAUAUCAGGAUAGAUGUGUGGCAUUCCAAAAUAACAACAGCACUAAUUUUAUGGUGGAAUAGAUUCAGGCAAGACACAUAUGUCUAAAACAUUGGCUGAAACUAAGCGGGUAGAGACAGGAGGCAAGUUAGACAUACCGAUUAAUAUCAGGAAAGUAAGUGGAUAAGCUUAGUCAAGGAGUAUGCCAAGUAUAACACAAAUACUAUUAUGUCAGACGUGGUAAAGCAUGCAGAGAAAAUCAAGGUAAACAUUCUGACAAUGAGUGACUAUAGUAUGGUUAUUACACUGUACUAAUCAGACUGCACAUUCAGUAGCUUGUACUGCUGAGGCCACCUGCAACAAUCAGACCUUUGUAUAAGAAAAAAGUAAAAGAAGCAAGCAUCAAUACAAAAUAAACUACAGCUGCUGCUGCAAAACAUAGCUCAGCAUCUGGUAGGUAUGUCCGCUCCCAUGGAAAAGCAUUAAAGUCAGCCAAUUCCAACACUGGAUUUAAUGUGUGUAUCCGAACUCAGUCCUGAGGGGGCUGUGCAGAGGAGACCAGGUGAGGUGCCCCUCCAGCCCCAGGCCCGUCUGAGAACUGACACUACAAUUGCAUGAUGCUCAAGCUUCAUCCAGAACAAUUCAAAGAUUGCCUCAAGUUUAUCUGACAUUGUGAGGGAUAGUAUGGGGAAUUAUUGACCCAGCAGGGAUCAGGAUAACCCCCACCAGCCAAGCACUUUAGUCGAUUAUUUGGCGAGAGAUAGGUCGCGUCCCUUGCUCUCGAACAAACAGUUGGCCACAGGUAGUUUCAGGAACCAGUAAGAGCUUGACAGAGCUGAGCGUGUCAGUCCAAGAUGUGCUUAGGCGUCUUAAGUAGCGUAUGCAUCAGAUAUAGUUCCAAUAUGUACAGGAUUACUUGAUUUAUUUGUUAAAAUCAAAUGCAAGUUGAGGAGCUCUCUGUCUGCUUCCUGCCUGUACGGCAGCCCGGCCCCAGCCCCCUACUUUGUUGUUUUUGUAAGGUGUUGUAAGGAGAGGAGAGCUUAGUGUCACUGACCUAGCCCUAGAUAUAUUUUUCUUACAAGCUAAUUGGUUUAAAGUAGGGAUCGACUGAUCAUUGGUCUGGCCGAUACUCUGAAUUUUCAGCAAUAUCGGUAUCUAUAAAGAUACCGAUAUUGCCGAUAAUGCAGACAGGGCAAUGAGAAUGGGGCUUAAUGUGCGGCGGGGCUAAAUGUGGCACAAACUGGAAAGUGUGGGGUAAGCUCGAAGGAGUCCAUGCUCCCCAUCUACCUACCCCAGUGGCCUUACAACCCCUACUAUCCCAGUGGCCUUACAACCCCUACUACCCUAUCUACCCCAGUACCCUUACAACCCCUACUACCCCAGUGCCCCUGCUUGCCUAUCUACCCCAGUGCCCCUACUCCCCGCCUACCCCAGUGCCCCUGCUCCUUAUCUAUCCCAGUGCCCCUGCUUGCCUACCAUAAUCCCCCUACUCCCUGUCUAUCAUAGUUCCAUCUGCCCAUCUUGGUGCCCCUGCUCCCUGAUCUAUCUUGGUGCCCCUGCUUGCCUAUCUAUCUUGGUGCCCCUGCUCCCCAUCCAGCAUAGUGCUCCUACUCCCUGUCUACCGUCGUGCCCCUGCUCGCCUAUCUACCCCAGAUUCCUACUCCACAUAUUUACUCAAAAACACACACACACACACACUGCAUUCACUAAUCAAAUACUCUCACUGUAUCCACUACACACAUAUUCUUGAAAACAUAAAUUCUGACUGGCAUGUAUAUUUUGUGCAUUUACCUUAAUAAAAAAAUAAUAAUAAACAUGUAUAGUUAACAGUAGAUUUGUGUAGAAAUAAUUUUUCAAAACGGUAAAUGUACAGAGUAUCGUAAUCGGUAAGUUGUCGGCUAUUGGCCUGAAAGUUCAGAUUAUCGGUAUAGGCUCUAAAAAAUCAAUAUCGGUCGAUCACUAGUUUAAAGUAGUGGUGCCCAAAAGGUAGAUCCCCAGAUGUUGUAGAACUACAACUCCCUUGAUGCUUUGUCUGCCUUUGGAAUGCUUUUAGAAUGAGAAUGCAUCAUGGUAUCUGGAGAUCUACCUUAUGGGCACCCCUGAUUUAAAGGAACACUGAAAAAACCAUGACAACUACAGCCACUUGUAGUUGUUAUGGUGCCUAUGGCCCCACCUUGUAAUUAGUCAAACUAUUUUAGAAUGUUUUGACUUCUUAUCUGGGGUCUGCCAGAAGCUAUUCCCUGCCUCAACUUCUAAUACAGGAGAGGCAGACUUUCCUAAGCAGGAGCUUCCAUUACUUUGUUGGCUGAGAGCGCUAGCUGAUCGCCCUCAACCAAUGAGCUAACAGAACUUCAAGCUCUUCAGUCCUAGUUGUGGUGUUGGAGAGAGGUGCCAGCAGACCUUAAUACAUUUAUUAAGAAACCGUUUAGCUACUUACAGUUAUAGCACCAUAACAACCAUAACUAUAGUGAGCUGUAGUUAUGCCAUGGGGCUUGGGGUGUUCUUGCAAACACAACUGGGAGAUAAGACUAAAAAAAAUCUGUGAUGAAAACUUAACAUAUUAGUAAAAAUAGAGCAGCAAAUAGAUUCCCUUUUUCUGUCCAAAAUCAAUUGCAUCACAACCUGGGAAGACAAAAUUGUGGCCAGGAUGGUGGUACCAGCUCCACCUAAUGGGCUUGGACCCUAAAGAUAAUGUCAAAAUACACAGAACUAAUAUGGAGAAGUCGUCCCCAGAAAUGGCAACGUUCAAUGCUGGUAUAGUACUGUUGGAACACGAUACUUAUUUGCACCCUGUUAUACCGAGUAAACUUAAUUGGGGAAAUAGGUGUAAAUCGGGGGCAAGACAAAGGGUUGUGUGUGCUGUAGCUGACUUAGGUAUCCAUAGAAACAAUAUAUGUAUACAUCUUUAUUAGUCUACCAUUUAAAAGAUACCAUUGUUGCAACACUUGCACAGAACAGAAUAAAUAGAUAAACGCCUGUGAGUGAAGUUUCCUAGAUUAUAACAGUCUAACUAGUAAAGUAACAAAUUGUAUCUAAAAGUACUCACUAAGAUCAACUGUACAGAGUGAGUUAGGGAAAUAUAGACAGAGGGGAUUAUUCACUAAGCAUGUGAUAGCUAAAUAACCUUCUGAAAAAAGACUGAUGGCGCAAACAGAGUAUGUCCUAGUGACAUCAAAGAAAGCAAUAUCACCACAGAGAUCGAGAGCUCAAACCCUGGUAACUUGUCCUAGACGCACAGUGUAUGUGCAGUUAAUCUAUGGAUUCGUAAGGUAACUGGUUUUAAUGCCCUCGAUUAGCCUUAUGGGACGGUAUGUUAAGUGGAGUGUGUCUCACAUCCCAUACCGGGAUCUAGAUAGGGGGACCGCUAUGCUUAUUCCCUAGAUCUCCUCGUAACACCUUCGUGGGUGUUCUAAUCUACGGCUAAUUCUGAGGUGAAUAUAUUAAAUAUCUUGUCUCAAUAGCGCCAAGUUCCUAAUCCCCAAGUUAAAAAUAACAUGGUGAAGCCAUAUGAGCUAAAGAAAGUGGGUGUCAAUACACCAAACAUGCAUAGUGAUGUGCUCAAAAAUGAAAUCCAUAAAAGAUAAUGGAAAAGCCUGACGCGAGUUUCGGAGUUGAAGUUAAAUCAUUUGUCAGGGAAAGAACCGUCCAUCCAAAAUCCCGGGAUAUUUAAAUGUGCUCUGGCCAAUCAGAAUAGCGUCAGCCAUGACGCUGUAAAUUGAUAGCCACGUGGGGGGUGUAUGUGGGAGGAGUUAAUCCUCUAGCAUCAUUUGAUUGAUAGUCGUUCCUUAAUAUGUUACGUCCCCAUGUAGCAAUACGUUUGGUAGCCAUGUAGGGGGAUGUUAGGGCAGGAGUUGGUCCCCAAACAUUAUUUGAUUGAUGGGACCGUUCUUUGAUAUUCUGCAUCGCCAUGUAGCAAUAUAAUUAAGCCUGGGGGCAUCCUCGUUUAAAUAUAGUAGCAAAUAGCCAGUGAAUGGUACACUAUAUAAUGUUGGCUACAUUACUUUCACUAGUAUGUGAAAUGAUUAUCACAAACAGAAUUACUAUAUAUAAUUCUGUGUAUUGGAGUACGGGAUGCCCAGGGUUCUUAAAGUGACAGUAAUAUACUUUGUAUUUAAUCCUUAUUUCUUUUGGUAAGAGCAAAUGAAAUGGUUUCGGAAGGAGGUUUAAAUUCUAUGAGUACACACUGGGAGAAAGAUAGUGAUUAUUGUGUAUAUACAAUGAAUGUAAUAAAAACAACCAAAACUGGGUAUGGGUGUCUAACUAUUUACAGGUGUUGGAUCAUAUUUUAGAGCUUUUUAUAUGAAUGAAGAGUAAGAAAAACCCUCAUUGAGUCCCCUAGGGGACAAAGUUUUAGUAUCCUUUAUUGACUAUUGGAUUCCUAGAUUUUCUUUUUUUUUUUUUUUUUUUGACCACGCAUGAUUUCUAAUUUAGUGAGCAAAUAAUCCUGUGCUUUUGUAUUUGAACUGAAUGUGCUUAGACGUUUAAUUAUUUCUGCUUAUAUUUCUUUCCAAACAGCUGCAGGCAAAUCCACAUUUGUUAGUAUCCUUAAGAAAUGUAAUGACGAUUGGGACGUUGUUCCUGAACCUAUUGCAAGAUGGUGCAAUGUCCAAAGCUGCCAAAAUGAAUUUGAGGUAUGUAACGUGCAUGUGAUUUUUAUCUAAUCUAUAUUAAAGGGUUAGUCUAACCCUUUAGGUUUCACCCAGAAUCCAGUGCCGGUUAAAGAUCCUGGCACAUAUCUUCCAUGCCCCCUCUGACGUCACUGUAGCUAUACUUGGUCCAAUCACAGGCUUUUCAGAGAAGCCUGAGACUGGUCCGUUUUGUCAGGUCAGAGCGCAUGCGUGCACUCUGGAUAUUUAGAAACAAAACUAUGUGCAAUGGACGGAAGCAGGAGAAGCGCAAUGUGGGUGGGAGGGGGAAACAAUCUUUCCCUUGCUUUUGUCAGCAGCAUGCAAGGUGCACUAACGACAUACGUUUAUUUUUUUUUAUGCACAGAAUUGAUAUUGGUGAGCUUAAGUCACAUGUGCUGUGGUUGCAACUAGCCCCCAGCACACAAUUCUGUUUCUGCUUGAAACACUGCACAUAUCUUUAUGUGCAGUGUUUCAAGCACAAACACUGCACAUACAUAUUACCAAGGUGACUUAAGUGGUCAUGGUGGUUAUCAUGGUUCUUCUUUUUCCUUUUUUCCUUUUUUGUCAUGUUGGUAUGAAAAAUUAAUAUUAGAUAUUUGACAUUGUAAGAUAAAACUAUUAUUGUGGCUUUUGGGGAAGGUGACGAGGUGUUUAUUUAAUUUACUGACUUUCUUUCUUUUUUGGUUUUCUCGUACCCCUUUUCCCUAAAUAGGAGUUGUCUACAUCUCAGAAGAGUGGUGGUAACCUCCUCCAGAUGAUGUAUGAAAAACCUGACCGUUGGUCCUUCACAUUUCAAUCCUAUGCUUGCCUGAGUCGCAUUAGGGCACAGUUAAAAGCUUUUGGAGGGAAGUUGAAAGAAGCUGAGAACCCUGUGCUCUUUUUCGAACGUUCUGUGUAUAGUGAUAGGUAAGAAAAUACAUUUAUUGGUAAACGUUCCCAGACUGACAGAGAUGGGCUUUUGCUACAGCUGGUUCCAAAAACAUUUCCCCAAGAGAAUCCACUAUAUUUGAUAUAGGCCACCCUUGGUAUCUCCUCAACUUAGGACCAUGAUGUUCAGCCAAGCUUGAUGAGUGUCAUGAUGGCAGCGGUUGACUACUUGUCCAUGAACUACAUUGUUGUUUUUUCUGCUGAAGAUAUUUAUUGUGUAGCCAUGAGAAGAGUAUUUUGUUCAACUCCAGCUCAUAUUGUGUUGUCUCUCACCCAGCUCUUUCUCACUGUGAUUUAAUGACUAAACUCUAGUCUAAAGCUAACUGAAUUGCCAUUUUACUGUUACUGCAAUUCAGUCUUUAGUCAAUAAACCCCACAAUGCUGAUAUGUUACUUAAAGGAACACUAUCGGGUCAGGAACACAAACGUGUUAAAACCACCUGGUCCCUCUUGCCUCCUUAAAUAUAGUAAAAUCUUACUUGUAGGGAUCAACAGAUAUUGGUUUUGUAGAGCCGAUACCGAUAAUCUGUGAACUUUCAGGCCGAUAGUUUCUGUAUAUUUACCAUUUUGAAAAAAUAAACUAUUUCUAAAGGUAAAUGCACAAAAUAUACAUGCCACAUGUAGUGGAUGCAGUGUGUUUAGACAGGGGAGCUGUGUAUGUGUGUGUAGUGGAUGCAGUGUGUGUUUGUGUAGUGUGUGUAUAGUGAAUGCAGUGAGUGUUUUUGUAGUGUGUAUAUGUAGUGAAUGCAUGGGGUGUGUUUGUGUAGUGUUCGUAUAGUGAAUGUAGUGAGUGUGUUUGUGUAGUCUGUUUAUAUAAUGAAUGUAGAGUGUGUGUGUGUGUGUAUAUAAUGCAGUGACUGUGUAGUGUGUAUAUAAUGCAGAGUGUGUGUGUGGUUAUAAUGUGUAGUGUGUGUGUAUAUAAUGUAGUGUGUGUGUAUAUAAUGCGGUGACUGCGGAGUGUGCGUGCGUAGAAUGUUGAGUGCGCGCGUGUGUGUGUGUAUGUAUGUAUAUAUAGUGUGUGUGUGUGUAUGUAUAUAUUGCGUAGUGUAUAUGUGUGUGUGUAUAUAUGUGUGUGUGUGUGUGUGUGUGUAUAUAUAUAUAUAUAUAUAUAUAUAUAUAUAAUGUGUGUAUGUAUAUAUUGCGUUGUGUGUGUGUGUAUAUAUAUAUAUAAUGCGUAGUGUGUGUGUGUGUGUGUGUAUAUAUAUAUAAUGCGUAGUGUGUGUGUGUGUGUGUGUGUGUGUGUGUGUAUAUAUAUGUAUAUAUGUGUAUAUAUAUAUAUAUAUAUAUAUAUAUAUAUAUAUAUAUAUAUAUAUAUAUAUAUAGCGUAGUGUGUGUGUAUAUAUAAUAAACCCCACAAUGCUGAUAUGUUACUUGAACACUAUAGGGUCAGGAACACAAACCUGUGUUAAAACCACCUGGCCCCUCUUGCCUCCUUAAAUAUAGUAAAAUCUUACUUGUAGGUAUCAACCGAUAUUGUUUUUUUUAGAGCCGAUAAUCUGUAAACUUUCAGGCCGAUAACUUGCUGAUAUUCUGUGCAUUUACCAUUUUGAAAAAAUAAACAAUUUCUAAAGGUAAAUGCACAAAAUAUACAUGCCACAUGUAGUGGAUGCAGUGUGUUUAGACAGGGGACCUGUGUGUGUGUAGUGGAUGCAGUGUGUAUUUGUGUAGUGUGUGUGUAUAUAAUGAAUGCAGUGUGUUUGUGUAGUGUGUAUAGUGAAUGCAGAGUGUGUUUGUGUAGUGUGCGUGCGUAUAGUGAAUGUAGUGUUUGUGUAGUCUGUUUAUAUAAUACAGUGACUGUUUGUGUAGUGUGUGUAUAUAAUUAAUGCAUAGUGUGUGUGUGUAUUGUGGCAAAUCUAGCCACCUAAGACUGUAUUUAUCUUAUGUUAUUGUGCAUUCAGACUGCCUGAACUGUCCAUGUUACUUAUUCUGUGUUUGAGGUGAACGAGAGCAUUCGUAUGCUGGUGGCAUGAAAGCCACCAGCAUUCAUACAGUAGUUUCACAAACAGUGAAUUUCAACACUGUUCGUGAAACGAACAAACUACUGAAUUGGAGACCACACACAGGAGGUCGUGUGGCUCCCAUUACGGUUUGCAACAAUGUAUCUUUCGGCAGUUAAUAGAUGUUCAGGGUGGCCGCCGUUCGGAUACCGACCACGUGGAGGCGGCCAUCUUCGAUCCUUUGUUAGCUCAGCGGUGUUUGGUCGUCGAGUGUCUGGAACUAAAAUCGGCUACUCGACGGCACGAAUACAGCUGGACUUCCAGGCCGUUUGGGAACUCCGGUCUUUCGGUAUUCUAUCUCUACACGUGUAUUCGGGACUUUUAUGAAGAAUUUGUAUUCAGCUGUAUUUCGUGCAGCGUUCGGCUAAUUGUGCUAGGAUCUGAGCGGUACUUUCACGAAGUAUGCGCUCAGACCCCAGCUAUCUGCCGAACGGUCAUUCGGUACAAUAGCACGAAUAAUAUUGGAGUUAUGGAUUUUUAUGUAAAUAGCCAGUUCUGCUGUACGGAGGGAUAAUCCACUUAACUGGAUAUUCUAGUGGGAGUAUCCCUCUCGUACAGCGGUGCCUGGUGGGAGAAAUGUUCUGUAUGUUAAGUCCCCCAUGUAGUUCCCUACUGUACAACCCCUGUAAAGUCGGUAAGGAAACCCCUUGCAUGGGAAACCACAUAAAUACUGGAGCUUGUGAAUAAAACUUCAGUUGACUCCCAGCCUAUAUGUCGUCUAGUUCUUGGGAAGGAAGGAUCCUUAUAACGCUACCGGGAUUAUUGUAUGCUGUACUUGCUUUACUGAAUUAUUGUAUGUUUUUCCUGUCUACCAGCGGAGAUACUGUGGAUUAUACUACCUCUCCGCUACAUAGUGUGUGUGUGUGUGUGUAUAAUGCAGAGUGUGUGUGUAUAUAAUGUAUUGUGUGUGUGUAUAUAAUGCAGAGUUUGUGUAGUGUGUGUGUGUGUGUGUAUAUAAUGUAUUGUGUGUGUAUAUAAUGCAGAGUUUGUGUAGUGUGUGUGUGUGUGUGUGUGUGUAUAUAAUGCAGAGUUUUUGUAGUGUGUGUGUGUGUGUGUGUGUGUGUAUAUAAUGCAGAGUUUGUGUAGUGUGUGUGUGUGUGUGUGUGUGUGUAAUGCAGAGUUUGUGUAGUGUGUGUGUGUGUGUGUGUAUAAUGCAGCUUGUGUGUGUGUGUGUGUAUAUAAUGCAGGUGUGUAGUGUGUGUGUGUAUAUAAUGCAGAGUUUGUGUAGUGUGUGUGUGUAUAUAAUGCAGAGUUUGUGUAGUGUGUGUGUGUAUAUAAUGCAGAGUCUGUGUAGUGUGUGUGUGUAUAUAAUGCAGAGUUUGUGUAGUGUGUGUGUGUGUGUGUGUGUGUGUGUGUGUGUGUAUAAUGCAGAGUUUGUGUUCUGUUCACCACUGACCCCCGAAGCACCUCUAGGUGCCAUCUAAGGAGUGGCCAGUAGAGUUAUGACUAGGCUGUAAUGUAAACGCUGCAUUUUCUCUAAAAAGCAGCGUUUACAGCAAAAAGCCUGAGGGGAAUGAUUCUUCUCACCAGAAAAAAAUAAAUCGAUAAGCUAUAGUUGUUUUGGUGACUAUAGUGUCCCUUUCAUUUGAAAAAUGUUAUUAAAAGUUAUUUUAAUCUGUUUUAAAGCUGAUUUGUGAUCCUGUGCCUUAAAACAGGUUUUUGUCUUACUUAAAUAUAAGAUAGUGUAUUGUUACAUUUUUGUUGCAUGUAUACAAUGCAUACAGCCUACACUUUCAACUAAAACAUUGCACAUUGAUACUUUACCAUGUUUGUUUCUGCAACCCUUAAAAGGGAAACUGCCACUUUCAAUAUUGUGUUUACUUGACCCUAAAUUUCACAAAUGUGUAUUUGUGAAGUAUGAAAAUUAAAUAUUGGAAAUACACACAUUUUUAUCCUGUCACUGGGUGUCUCCAUCUCGGCUCCCUGUCCGUCAUUGUUAUAAGCUCUGUCCUUUGCAUAAAAUCAAUAAAGUGCCUUUCGCACUUCUCAAAUAGCAAUAAAAGUGCAUGUGCAGCGCUAUACAUAAUCUAAUUUUGGCUUGUGAAAGCUUAGUACUUUUUUUGUGCUAUUUUGCCUUGUCUGAACUGGACUAUGAAAUAAUUUGCUACAUGUUACAUUCAAAUUAAAAGGGAAUCAGAGCAUCUCAUGAAAACCGUUUUUUUAAUGUUUUAUUUAAUGGUGUAGAUUCCAGAAAGGUGACAGUCCCCCUUUAAGACUGAACCAAAGUAUAGCAUUCUCCAGCUCCACAACAAAACAACCCCAUUUUUCUUCCUUCUCUUCUCGCAUCAAGACAUAACACAGAAUGGUCUAUUUUUCUUUCCAGAUAUAUCUUUGCAUCAAAUUUAUUUGAAGCAGAGUGUAUGAAUGAAACUGAAUGGACUGUUUACCAGGACUGGCAUGAGUGGAUGAAUAAUCAGUUUGGAGCAGAUCUAGAAUUAGAUGGGAUCAUUUAUCUUCGAGCCAAUCCUGAGGUAAUUACACCUUAACCUGAUCCAAGCAUCUGCUCCCGGAUAAAACUUUUAAUAAAAGAUGCUGUGUUCCCAUUUUUGAAAAGUGACGCGUUAAGUAAUCUGUUUAGAAAACCUUUUCUUUUUAAAUGUAUUUUCCUUACUUUUAAUUUAUUUUCUCAAACUGGGCAAAUAUUGGUUUUGGGGGGACAACUCCUGUACAGUUAGAACUUGGUUUUCAGAUUAUCAGAUGUAAUACAUGGUGUAUUGUCUUAACAGAAGCAUCCCUGUGAAAAUGGUUAGAAUGUGGCAACAGGUUGGAUGCACAUGGUUCCAUUACUAAAGUGCUUUGUGGCAUUUAAAUGGUGCCUAGCAUAUGCACCAAAAUUAUUUAUCUUAUUAACUAUAUUGCUGACAUGGAGCAAGAUGAAUGCCUGGAUUAAAGAAACACUAUAGAGUCAGGAAUACAAACAUGCACUGGUGCAUUUUCUACUUUGGGGCAGAUAUUCUAUUGUUUAUUAAAUCUGUUUAAAGUGGUGUCAAAUCUGCCUGAUUUUGAAUCAAGACUUAAAGCUUCAUUCAACUGGUUUUUAACUAGGUUCUCUUUACCCUGUAUGGUACGUUCUAUUUAAUGCUUCAUUUUAUCUUCAUUCCAUUUUCAUUUUAGAAAUGUUUAAACCGGAUCUAUUCCCGUGGUAGGGAGGAAGAACAGGGAAUUCCCGUGGAAUAUCUAGAGAAACUUCACUACAAGCAUGAAUGCUGGCUUCACCACAGAACCAUGAGGUUGGCUAAACAUAUUUAAUGGGUUGGCUAAAGAAAUGUUAAAUUUUUUUAUAUUUUCUAAAUAAUGCUAUAUUUUAGUGGGCCUUGCAUUACAUAUUAACAUUCUAAAACCCACAGUUCGAUAUGCUAUUUAGUGUCUCCAUCUCAAGUUUGACUUGCCUGUUUCCCAGCAGCUAUAGUAAUGUGUAUAUAACUAGAGAGGAUACAGCAAACAUGCAUUGGAAGGGUAGGUUUAGCAAAAUACAAAUUAAAGUACAUGAACCAUUUUCAGGUAAACCAAACAAUAAUGCAUAUGUUUAAAUUUUAAUAGUGUGUGUGUGUGUGUGUGUGUGUGUAUAAUAUAUAUUAUAUUUAUAUUACAGAACAUUGUGACAAAUUAAGUAGAGAAGCGUUGGGGUGCAAGGGAGGCUGAGGAAAUAUUGAGGUUAUACAUACUGGGAGGAACAGCAGGUGUGAGUGCUCAUGGUGGUUAAAUGUGAAAUUGUGUUAUAAUGUGUAGCUCUGCUGUUUACCUUUGAACUGACUUAAAUUUAGUUAACAAUUAAGCUUCUAUAUUUUUUCCAGAGAGGUAUGAGAUUUCUAAUUUAAAUUCCAUAUAGUGCCUAGCCCCUUCCACUUCUGGGAGUUUGACCUGAACCUGUCUGACAGGUUUCUAUGUCAUUGGCACAAGGGUUGACUUAAUACUAUAGUAAUGUGGUGGGUGUGAGUUUGCACUCUGAAGCAUGUUCAAAAGUCAUCCAUUCUACCAGCUGGUAUAGACAGCUAGAUAUACACAAAAAACACUGCACAGACAGUAAAAAUAGGAUAUUAUGAUAUAUAUAUAUAUAAUGAUGAACUGCCUAUUAAAGGAAACAAAUGCAUUUGGAGGCACUAUAAAACACUACAUCGGUUAGUAUGGGGCUGCUAAGCCCAGGUAUUGUGCACCACUAGGGUUUCAUCUCAUUCUGCCAUGGGCAAUUUGGGAAUCAGGGGGCCGUAGCAAAAUAAUUCUCUCAUUGGGAUGGUAAUGUAUUAAGGUAACUUUUGAUUUGCUAAUAUAGUAUGUGUGUACAUUCCACGUUAAAUCACACUUCAUAUAUUUUAAUUGUACAAAGUUGAAGCUGUAUGUGAAAGAUAAUUUAAGGGAAUAUUAUUGCUGGGGUUAAAUGUUGAUUUUUAGAUUAAAAAAAGUGUUCUGUUCCACAAGUUCUAUUUAAAUAGCAAACUGCUUCAGUAAUCCACUAAACCAAGCCUAUGAUUUUUAAUGACUGUUUCUCAGCUGUAUAUACAGCUUGCAUUUAAAUAGACUUGUUAAGGAACUAAUAUAUAUGAAAUCUGACUAAUUAGUAUGACAUGCCUUCGUGUGCUGUAAUUGUAUACUUCAGGGACAAAAUCAAAUGAUCUUAAUUAAGUGGUAAUUGUUAAUUAGACAGUGCAACUAUCAGACUGAUCAAUUUUAUAUAUUUAUGGUGUAGUUUAAUUUAAGUAAAUUAGCUGUAAAGUUGAUGUUGAGUCUGAGUAUGUUAGCUUUGGUUAGCAGGUCAGCAGUAAAUAAAUAAAAACUGGGUAUUUGAUUUUGAGUGAAAAACACCCUAAAUUGGUGGUUACUUAAAAUAUACAGUUUUGACACUAGAUCACAAGGAAGUUUGUUUUGUAAGUAGCUUUUUUAAAGGGGAAGAAAAUUGUGCUUUUGUGUAAAUUUAUGAAAUAUUUUAUGAUUGGCUAUACGUGGCUAACUGAGAUAAUAUGGACCUUGAUAUCUACCAGUGGAACAAUUCUGUGUGCUAAAUUCUACAUUCCUUUUGUUUCAAUGGGGCUUGCUCCAAUUUCAAAACUUUAUCAACAAAUUAUUUUUUUCUUUGGUACCAACACGUAUUUGUCAUCUCACCCUUACAUCUAUUGGCAAACUGAAGUCUAAAUUUCAUGUUGUAAUACUUCUAAUUGAGAAGCUAGUUAUUUUUUAUUAUAAAUAUUAUUAUUUUUUUUCCUUAAAUUGUUACAGUAUGCUUUCCAACCUUUUGGGGUGUUUUAUGGUGGUAGUUUUAGCAACUCCUAUUAAACCUACUUUGUAAACUACAGUGCUUUCUACAGCCUGACAAACACCUACAUUAGAUUGCACUCCAAACACACCACCCUCUUGCCUUGCAUUUGUGAGCACUAGGGAUCGACCGAUAUUGAUUUUUUUUUUUUUUUUAGAGCCGAUACCGAUAAUCUGUGAACUUUCAGGCCGAUAGCCGAUAACUUGCCGAUAUUCUGUGCAUUUACCAUUUUGAAAAAAUAAACUAUUUCUAAAGGUAAAUGCACAAAAUAUACAUGCCACAUGCAGUGUAUUUAGACAGGGGAGCUGUGUGUAUUUGUGUAGUGUGUGUGUGUGUAUAUAAUAAUGCAGGGUGUGUUUGUGUAGUGUGUGUAUAGUUAAUGCAGUGACUGUGUAGUGUAUAUAGUUAAUGCAGGGUGUGUGUGUAUAUAAUGAAUGCAGGGUGUGUUUGUGUAGUGUGUGUAUAGUUAAUGCAGUGACUGUGUAGUGUGUAUAGUUAAUGCAGGGUGUGUUUGUGUAGGGUGUAUAUAAUGAAUGCAGAGUGACAAACACUACACAAACACCCCUGUGUGGUGUGUGUGUGUGUGUGUGUGUGUAUAGUGAGUGCGGUGUGGUGUGUGUGUGUGUGUGUGUGUGUGUAUAUAAUGUGAGCAUUAUAUACACACACUACAUUAUAUACACACUCUGCAUUAUAUACAGAGUGUGUAGUGUGUGUGUAUAUAAUGCAGAGUGUGUGUUCCUGAAGGGAUGUGAUUUGUGUAAAAGGGGAGAACAUUUAUUUUUAAUGUUUAUAUGUUUUAAUUUUUUGUUACCUGGCCAGGGAGGGGGGGCUAUUACCGUUCCUGGUGGUCAGGUGGCAUGGAUGUGCAGUGGGGGGCCGGCAGCAAGCGCUUACUUACCUUUCCAGCAGCUCCCAGUGUAAAUCUCACGGCCUGCGUGCUGUGCGGAGCGUUGCCAUGGUAAACCGUGGCAACGCUCUGACGGCAGCGGGACUCGCAAGAUUUAGACAGGGAGCUGCUGGAAAGGUAAGUAAGCAUUUGCUGCCAGGCUUGUAAUGGGCCCGGCGGUCCUGUUAUGCAUUAUUGGCAAUAUCGGUAUCUCUAUUGGCCAGUACCGAUAUUGCCGAAUAUCGGCCGAUAAUAUUGGUAAAACCGACAAUCAGUCGAUCCCUAGUGAGCACUAAUAUGCAGAUUAUUCUUUGUCCUAUAGUUGCUUAUUGAAAAUCCUUAAAAUUUGAAAUGUUGAGGUAAUUAUUAAAACGUGAUUUAUAACUUUUAGUUUUUACUAUUUUUUUUUUUUUUUUUUACUGUGCCUUUAAAGGAGCACUAUAGAGUUAGAUAUACUAACGUAUUCCUAACACUAUAGCACAAUAGUUUUUAUUUAAUUGUAUUAAUCUCCCUCUUCUGCAUUGUGAGCGUUGGAAGGAUAAGCUUUACUUACCUUUCAGUCCUCACUGCGCCAGUCUACUUGUGGAAACUCUGUCUCCUUGGCUGAGAUCAUCAAGAUAUCAUCCAAUCCACUGCUUUCCCACAGGAAACCAUUGAAAGGCUAGUACUAAUUCAAUUAGAACGGCAACAUUUUCUCCUGCAGAGUUAAAACUAGAUGACAUGCACCCAGAUCACUUCAUAGAGAUGAAGUAGCCUGGUUGCCUGCAGAGUCCCUUUAAGCAUUGCCUUUCUGAAGAGUUUUUAGUACAAAUAUACAAUAUAAGCUCUAUAUGGCCCGUGUGUCACCUCUAAAUUUCACUGUUUUUAAAGGAUGGAGUCUAAUUACUUACAAGAAAUUCCUAUCCUGACAUUGGACGUGAAUGAAGAUUUUAAAGAUGAUGAACAGAAGCAAGAACACUUGAUAGAAAAGGUAUGUAACUACUUAUCAUUGGUAAAACAGAAAUUUGUUGUCUAUCAUAGAAUUUAAUGAGGGGUAACACAUAAAUGUAUCUCUUUAAAGCUGUAUAAGUUUAGUGCUCCACCACAGGUUCACUGGCAAAUCUGAUUCUAGAAUACAAAUGAAAACAUUGAUUGGCUUUAUCUCUUGUCCUCUCAUAACCUUUUGUAUUUUACAGGUUUAAUGUUUUGGUUUUUCUUUUUCCCAAGAAACACUUAAAGAUGUAUGCUUUGCUUGCUUGCCAAAACUUACCUGUAGGUUCCAUUUACUUUAUGCCUAUGAUUUCUUCAAUCUUCGCAUAGUUCCAGGACUCUGCCACAUUAGAAAAAGGAAUUGCACCAAUAAAUGACCAUGAGAGAGGAGAACUAAAAUAAAGGUGCUGCUUGCAGAAAAGCCAUCUCACUAAUCCCAUAGCGACCAAACUGCAUUAUAGGGAAUAAUGUUUAGAUGGUCCCAAGUAUUGAGUAACUCACUUCUUAUGAUGAGCACAUAUCACACUUUGCCAAAGAAAUAUAAGUAAAGAGUACCAUUGCCAGAGUGUCUGCAUCACUGGGGUUGUGCAUCCAGCUUUUGAGAGCAGAUUCAAACAUGUAGGAGGGACUAUGGAAAAGUGUCAUGUUCGUGUAAAAAUCACAAUAACUGCAUAGUUGUAGUAAAUGAAUGGCUACUAAAACAAAUAUAAAAUUUACAUCUAUGAAAAAUCAGAGUCAUUCUUUAAAGGUACGCCCUAAGAACGAUCAUGAUUACACAUAGUUAGAUCUCCCUAUAGAGAAGCAUUGUAGUAAUUAUUUGAAGAAAAUCCUGUGAAUUGCGUACGCAUUAGGCCCUCAGUGCUUCUCGAUGUAGUGGUGAUCUCAGAUAAAGGGAACCAUGAUAAGAUAGGACACCUCUGGGUGACAGGUGAGUUUCUAUUUAGUAUUUUAAUUUGUAAUGGGGGAGAGCCCACUAAUCUAAUGCCACCAGGAGCACUCAAACAUUACAAAUAUAUAUACAUUUUAUAGUUGCACUUCUUUUGUCCCUUAAAAUUUAUAGGGUUGUUCACUAAAGUGAGAAUUUCAAAUUCAAGGUAGAAAUAGCCCAAAUGGAAAAUCAGCUAUGCCUUGUCGGUGUCUUAAUACACAUUCACUGACCAUUUGUUCUACUGUUUUGGAAUACUGUGUGUGUGUGUGUGUGUGUGUGUGUGUGUGUAUGUAUGUAUGUAUGUAUAUAUAUAUAAAUUUUUUUCUUAUUGGCAUACUUUUGCAUGUUUAUAUCUGAUCUUCAGAUAUCCUUGCUGCGUGUGUGUGUGUGUGUGUGUGUAUAUAUAUAUAUAUAUAUAUAUAUAUAUAUAUAUAUAUAUAUAUAUAUUCAUUUUUAAAAUAACAAAUAUGUAUUUAUAACCACAUAGUGGUGUUUUAAAGAGACAUUAUUAAAAGUGAACAGGUUUGCAUUAACUGUUUCUUUGUAAGAUGCAUUUUUAAACUUUCUGUCGAGUAGUACUGUACACAAACAGCACGACUAUAUUAUGUAGAGAUGCCUCCUUAAGUAGGUUUCCAUUUGAUGUUUUUUAUUGACAUUUUCAUCAACGUAACAGGAGGAAGGGUAGGGUACAGAAGGAAAGAGGGAGGGGGGAGGCAUACAUAAAUUCCAGUGGUAGUGCAUUUACAUUUGUGGUGUACACUAUUUUAUUACACAUUUGUGCUUACAUACAACGUGGCACUUAAACCUUACUUUAGCCCCGGCAUAACAUAUCCCAAGUUCCUAGUCUCUAUUAGUACACUCUGUGAUAUGCUCUGGCCUACAAGUUCUACGUACCCAAGUGUCACCAAGUCGUCGGAGGCCCACCCGAUCUCCAGGUGCUCCAAAGCCCUUAAGCCUCUACGGCUGUUGUCGUCAUGGGGAAGAUACUGCGGUAGCAGUUUUCGUAGGUGUGUUGGGUGUCUAUCUCUUUACAUAGUUCCAUCAACUGUGGGGGCCUUGAGGAUUUCUACAAUCUUGCUAUUGCCCUCUGGGCUGUCAGAAGGAUGUAAAAGGCCAACUUCUGUAUCUGUAGGUAUGUGUAGCAGGAGGCAUGUUAAUGGUGUGAAGGGUAACCGUGUGAGUGUGAUUUUCUGUAUCAGAUGGUGAACUGCUUUCCAGAAGCUGGUGAUGAGAUUGCAGUGCCACCAAAUGUGAAGUGCCGUGCCCACCUGUGUCCCAUAUCUCCAGCAAACUGGGGGUGAAUCUGGGUAUAUUUUGUGGAUGCGUGUGGGCACCACGUAACACCUAUAUAGUGUCUUCCUAUGUUGUUCAAACAAUGUUGCUGAUUUAAUCAGUCGUCUGGGCGACAAUAUAAUAGUUUCCAUUGGUCCCGAUGUAUUGGGCACUGUAAGUCAUGGGCUCAUAGUUCCGCCGGUUUAGAAUCUGCAAAAUGUAUAGAGGACCUGAGAAGCCAGUAGCACCAGGAGAGCGGCUUACAUGUUGGUAAUAGUGUGCCCCUAAUGGCCAUCUGUUUCCAGUUCGUCAUACUUAGGGUGUUUCCGUUGAGGGAGGAGGUCUGGGCGUCGUGUUUGUGCAUGAAUGAACGUAGUUGUACAUGGGAGAACUGCGAGGCCAUCGGUAUGUGAUAUUCCUCUUGCAGGGUUUGAAAAGUUUAGUUUAUUUCGUGUAAGAAAUUGAGAUAGAUACGUAACCCCUUUAUUUACCCAUGGUUUGGCAUUGAAAGUUGGUAUGCAGUAUGUAAUCGUUUUAAGUGUGGGGUAGGGCUUUCUAGGUUGUGCUUGGUCUUGUCUCAGGCUCACACCGCAAGUUUGAUUUGCUCCAGCAAUAGCGGGACAAGUGGCCAAAAGCGUUUGGGCAGCCACGUGGUGGUGGGUAAGUCAAAGGGCUUUAUGGCCUGCUUUUCACCUAUUGUGGUGGGGCAGGACCGAUUUCAACACUGCUGCCUGGUAAUAUGCUUUAAUAUCUGGGAGGGUGAAGCCGCCUUGUCCUGUCUGUGCCCGUAGCAAGUUCCCUGGUACCCGAACCUUGCGCCCCUUCCCACACAAACCUAGAUAUGUCUUUUUGAGUUGUCUGGAGAUAGGACAGGGGUACCUGGAUCGGUAAGGUGCAGAACAGGUAUUAGAGCCUAGGUAAAAAGGACCUUUUGAUCGUCGCAACCCGUUCCGUCCAGGUCAGAAACUGGGAACACCACUUUUUCUUGAGGUGCUUAUAGUCUGUCCAGACUCUAACAUAGUUAGUGGGGAAGCUAUCCGUUGGCUUUUUAGUAAAGGUCAGGCCUACAUAUUUGAUGAUAUCCGUUCUCCACUCAAAGGAGUAAUCCCUCGUGAGAGCGGAUAAUGUUUGGGGGAAUAAUAAGACAUCGCCCCAUAUUCCUUAAUUAGGUCGAGUAAGUGUGGUAGUGAAACCUCUGGUCGGGAGAUAUAGAAGAGUAUAUCAUCCACAAAUGAUUUUUUUUUUUUUUUUUUACGGCCGUUUAGGUCUGUCCCAUGAAUAUCUGUGUGGUUCCAGAUCUGGCGCUUAGGGGGCACCUUUGCCGCGUGCCAUUUGUUAGGGAAACCAGGUCGGAAAGGAAACCAGCUUGCAACACCUGCGCUGUAGGGCCCGAGUAUAAUGCAAAAAUUAGUUUUAGGAACGUGGUGGGAAAUCCGUAUUGUAUGAGCGUUUGUUCGAGGAAGGUCCAACCCAGGCCUUUUCUGCGCCCAAGGCUAGCAGUAGACCGCCCUGGCCAGACCUGUUUUUUUUAACUCUGUCCAAGGGGCUAAAGCAGUACUUUCCCUGACACAAAAUUUCAUAUUAUAAAGUUUAAAGACCCUGCUUAGACCUGGACAUUUGCAGGGUUAUUCACUAAAUCUGGAAAAGUACUCCAUCUCCGUAAUAGUCACAACUAGCUAUGGUUAAGGAAAUAUUUUUCAGUGGUGCAAAAAGAUUCAUGGAAUAACACACAGUUUAAAAAAAAUAUCCAAUAAUAGUGCAAGUAAAUGCUUAGAAACCCUAUUAUCCUUAAUACAUGCAACCAUAGAUCAAUACAAGUACAGUCAAACUAAGUAGGGCAUAUCCAUAUCAUUCACUGAUAUCGAGAGAUCAAACGGCAGAAAGGAAACCUUUACAUGAUUAAGACAUUUUAAAUAUCUUGCUUUCUGUACAGUACUUUUCCGUGUAUAAGACAACCCCUAGUUUUUGGGCCCAAAAUUAAGAAAUCCAUUUUUUAAACAUCAAAUAGAACAACUUUGAUAGUUUAGAAGUGACUUCUGAUUGUCAUGCCUCCCCUGUGCUACGGUACUCUGUGAAGUUAAUGACCCUAUAGUGCAUUCUGGGAGACUACAGCACCCACAAUACAGCAGGUGGUGUGAGGGCAUGCUGGGACAUCACAGUUGUAUAUUCCCUCUGCUCCCUGAUCCCCAUUUCCUUCCCCAUAAACAUAAAUCAGAAAGCAAGACCUACCUGAGGUAGAUCAAAACUUUAUAUGGCUGCUCCUUUAAUGGCAUGUUUCUGGAGCUCUGGUGGUGGCAAGUGCUCAUGUCUGCUGCAGCUCCCAGGCAAAUAAGGACCUCUUCCUCAUUGCCACAGCAUUCCGAAAUGAAUUGUCAGAAAGAAGGCCUGGUAUGUGUGUGGGUCAUGGCACACUGAAAUGUGGCAUGUGCCAUCUUAACUUAGGACCUGCGCAUGAGUGUUUGUUUUUAGCCCUUGCAGUGACAUCCCAUGUGUAAGACUGCCCCCCAAUUUUGUUUAUAUAUUUGUGUUUGUGUGUGUGUAUAUUUACCACAAAAUGAGUACUGUAACAAAUAAAUCAGAAAACUCCAGAAUCACCACUUUUUGGCAAAUAGCCUUUCUCAAGGCAGGAUGCUCCCUAUAUCCUGAAAUUAUGGUGACGGUAUAGAAUUUUGUGACCAGUUUUUAACUCCUCAUUUUAAUACAUACAUAGUCCAGUAGAAAAAAAGACUAAGUAUACUGGUAUAGCUACCUGUUUUGUCCGCCUCUGUUAUUGUGUGCCCAGUGCUGAAGAUGUAAUAAAACAAUUUGAGGCUGCAUGUGUCUUAUACCUUUGUAAAUGUGUUUGUUUUUACAGGAAGUGUAAACUUCAUCAGUGGUUUUUUAGUAGAAAGAAAAGUGAGAGUGUGUGUGUGUGUGUGUGUGUGUGUGUGUGUGUGUGUAUGUAUAUAUACACACAUGUUCAUCCUUUUUUAACAUUUUUUUUAUUAUUGUAUGAGGUGCAGCCUUUCAAACUAUCAAGUGCUACAUCUGACCAGUUGUUUCUGUAGCUCAUCUCUAGGUGGCAGUGUUGGACUUUGUAUGUGUGGUUGCUCAUUUCUGCUAGACUAGAGGUUUAUUCAUUUAACACUGAGGGUUGGAUUCUCUUAGCAGAGUAAUACCAAACUUGCUCAGAGAAUCAAACCUGGGUACUGUGAUGUGAACUGAAUUGCAAAGUUUAGACUGUAAAAACCAAGCCAUGGCUAUACUUCAUUUAAAUAAUUUUCCCAAAACACUGUUUAACUAAAUUUAGCAAUUUGCGGGGUUAGACACAAAAAUGAGAAUUCAGAGUGAAUUUUACAUUUUAACGCUGAAGAAGCAGACCCUGGAGACAUAGCUGGCUUAGAGAAUAUCACCAAUUCAGCUGUUAUGACCUAAAAUUUACCUUAUAUUUUCAAUUUCGUGAAUAACAAUGUUAUUUUAAAUUCGGUACAAUUAUAAGUUUAUUGAAUAAACCUCCCCCUAGUCUUGAGGCAUAUACUAGUAUAAACUGGUGCCUAUCAAUAAUUAACAUAAGAUGGAAAUAAAUUAUAUUAAGUCAUGAUUUUAUUCUGUAAUAAUCUGAAUGUCUGCAUAAUAAAAGGACACUUUUAUUGCUGUGUAGAUCAGUUUAGAGAGAUAUAAUGAGCGAUAAAACUAACCUCUGUCUUUUUUUGUUUUUCUUUUCCCAGGUUAAAGAAUUCUUGAGCACUUUAUAG